AUGGCUGCAAUUUUUCUUAUUGGGCUCCUCCGAAAAAAAUGGACGGCAAUAGUCCUCCUCUUCCACCGGCUCUGGGGACGACUCUUAUCCUGGGGCCACCGCCAAGCUAGGACACCCGAACAGGUCCUAAGAGACUCUUUUCCAGAAGCGCGAGAGCGCCUGAAGAAGGCAAAGAAAGCCUUCAUAGAUGCGUUGGAUCCGGACGCGAUCUGCGCUUUGGCUUCACGCCACAACAAUGGGAAAGCAUGCCGUAUCGUUGGGCAAGACAACGGCAGCUUUAAUGCGUGUUUCUUUGUCGAGUUUGACCCCGAUACAGACUCGCAACACGACGUCAAUGCCGACGUAGUUCCACAAAAUAAUGUCGCAAAAUGGGUAGUUCGCGUGCCUAUUGAACCCGCUGUCCAUAAUCCUUGGGAUAAGAUACGUAGCGAAGUAAAUACUCUACACUUCAUCCCCGGCACGCCACUCAAGAUUGCUACAUUCCUGGAAAGUUCAACGGAAACACGUGCAGCCUUCUACUCCCAAAUCAUAGACGUUUUAGCAGAACUCUCACAACUAGAGUUUCCUGCCAUUUGCUCCUUGAUGCCAGAGGGAAGAUUUAUUGGGCCGUUGUCACCGUCCUUAAACGAACGUCGUGAGACUCUCCCUGUAUUCACCUCUGCCGCUGAGUAUAUGAAGGCUCAAUGGGAAAACAUCAAAAAGCAUGCCGAGAUUUUAGACGAAGACCUUACGGAGGAGGACAUUCGGGAUGAAAUGUUUGUUCUACAUCACCUUGAACCAUAUUUUCAUGAGCUUAGUCCCACAAAUCAUUCCGAAAAAGGACCAUUCGUCCUGUCUCAUCCUGAUUUCCGGUGCGGCAAUACUAUUGUCGAUGAGAACAUGAAUAUACAAGGAAUAAUUGACUGGGAGUUUGCUAGUACCAUUCCCAGAAGCCUGCUCUCUCCACCAUCCUGGAUAACCAACCACGAUGGGCAUAUACAUCUACAAUUUGCCAUGGACAAGUUAUACAAUCAGUUUGUUAGCGUGCUGGAAGAGAAAAGUAAACACAACAGCGUAUGCGCCCAGCUUCAAAAGGAAUGGUUCGAGGGGGUGGCUAACCGCACGUCAAACGCAUUCCGCAUAGCCUAUCUGGUUCGCUGGCCGGGGGAAAUUUCGCAUACUUUUCUAGACUUCUUCAGAAGUGAGAUCUUGGGGGAUGAGUCGCAAGCCAGGGAAAAAGAAACCGAAUUCUUCCAGCAGCGACCACAUCUUGUGGUCGAGACGCGACGACGCUUUGAGCGUAGUGACGAAUAUGCAAGAUAUUUGAAGGAUAAUGGACUAUACGAGGAAGACGAGAAUCAACUUGCUUUAAACAAACUUCAAUCGGAGUUGGACGCUAAGACAGACAGACUUGGUAUGGACCGAAUCAUUCUGCGAUAG